UCCAUAUUUAUAGGUUCUCUUUCCACUCAUAUGCAAUCCAUUCCCUAUUUCUCUCUUCUCAAAAACAUAACUUUCAGCAUUGACAUUGGAGAUGCCAAGUAUGAAGAACAUUUUAAUGGUGAUCGUGGUUGUGGCGAUGCUUUCGAACCUUGUGUUGGGAAACAAAUUCACUGUCGGAAGCCCGGGAGGUGGGUGGGGUAUUUCAACGGAUAUACAGACAUGGGCUGCUGCCAAUACCUUCCACCCAGGGGACACUCUGACUUUCCAGCAUGCCUCGACCCACAAUGUGCUAGAAGUAACUAAAGUGGCACACGACUCGUGCCAAUUGAACAGCCCCCUCGAAACUCACACAGACGAAAACACUUCCAUUGAACUCACAACACCUGGGAAGAGAUACUUCAUUUGCGGAACUCCAGGCCACUGCACACAAGGAAUGAAGCUCGAGAUCGAUACUGUUUCUUUAGCUUCUUCGCCAGCUGAUUCACCCUCACAACACCACAAGCAGCGCCCUAUUGAGGCACCAUCUGAGGCCACUUCUUCUUCUCUUCCUCCAUUUUCUCCAGCUGGUUCUCCACUUGGGCCUUCAUCUAUUGCAUGGGGUCGAAAUAAAGGGAGGAUCGGUUGGAUCAUUGUGGGAAUUGGGCUACUAUUCCUUGGAAUGAUGUAGGAAGAGAGAUUCGAGAUAUGGAAAUG